UUUUUUUAAUUAUGGAAAACGGCAAACAAUGGUUUCACAGUGACUCUGAUGGUCUUCAUCUCUUAUUUGAACCAUUGGCAUUAGACGCACACAGUGAAGUUUUAACCGGAUAUCUCUUUAUCGGAUGCAUGUGUGCGCUGGAAAGAAUGGUUACUUACUAUCUAGAUCAUAAAUUGACUGCAUCUCAUCCCACUUUUGUUGCUGCCACCACUACAAUAGAACGGAUAAGCCGUGUAGCAGUCCGUACAUUACUCUAUGGUAUUGUCACUACGCUUAGACUAUUAUACAUGCUUGUCGUCAUGUAUUUUAAUACGGGCUUAUUUCUUACUGUGGUGUUCUCUCUAACAGUGUCCCAAAUGAUUAUUGAAAUUAUCAAAUCCAGCCAUGGUAGAAAAACUCCGUUGAACUUUCAAAAUAAGGGUUACAGCGAUCUCACGUCAAUUGAUCAAACAGAGCUAUCAGUUCAUUCUGACGAUGAAGAUGAAGUGGAAGAGGAUUACAAUGAUAAACAAUAUAAUAUACCAAAGAUAGUCAUUAGUAGUGAAAGAUAAACAUUCUUUAAUGUUUCACAUUUUUCUUUUUUUUAAAAAAAAAAAUAUAAUCAGCCUCAAAACAGCAGUAGUAACGAAUAAACUCCAUAUAAAUAUAAUCUA